CGCGGUGCCGGCGGAAGCGCCGGGGCGGGCAGGCGCGGCGCGGGGCCUAUGGCGAGCGCGGAGCAUGGAGAGGCUGCGGAAGCUGUGGAGGGGCCGCACCAUGACCUUCGGGGUCCCUCUGUUGCUGUAUCUCGUCGGAGGAUCUUUUGGACUCCGGGAGUUUGCUCAGAUAAGAUACGAUGUCCACAAGCUGCACGGCAAGGUUGAUCCAGCUUUGAAAGAGAAAUUAAAGCAGAACACUGUGACGCUGGAAUCUGAAUAUGAGAAGCUGGAAAAGUCUGACUUGGAUAACUGGGAGAACAUCAGGGGACCCAGUCUGUGGGAAGAUUCCAGGACUGUUCAGCAGCAGCGACGGGAGGCUCUGCGGCUCAAGGCAGAAUGACUGAGCAAGCCUGCUUCCCUGCCUCUGGGGAGAAAAACGGGCUCAGGAUGGACUGUCUUCUUUUUCAAUCCGGUGUCAAGAAGAGACAUGGGAUGGAGGGACUGCACCAAGCAACUGCUACUGGUGUAUAUAUGAGUAACUGUGAGAUCAGUCUGAAAGGCACUGUGCUAUAUGAAGCUCUUUGUCUGCAUCCAUGUGUAGAGAGUUCCACAGGCUGUAUACAUAAACUCUGAAUAAAGAAAAAUACAUAAAUCCUGA